GACUUUUUUCCCAAUCAAUUUCCUUGAAUUCGACUGAUAAGAAAUGAACAUUUCACUGAUACGACUGUGACGACGGCGAAAAGCGAGAAAAAAAGAAAAAAUUGUUUUUUUUUCCAACCAAUUUUUUCUCAUUUCUCUCACCACCCUGCAGCUGUGCGUGCGACAAUAAAUUUCCUUCUUCGCUCCGUUCAAUAUUUUAUAUUUAUUUUCGCAUCAUAUGGACACUAUCAAAACUGUCAAAGUUGUGGUUGUUGGGGAAUCCGGAGCCGGAAAAACUGCCUUGCUCACGUGUUUUCUCGAUAACACAUUUGAAACCGACCCGCUGACGACGAUCGGAAUCGAUUUUAAGCAUAAAAUUGUGCAAUUGAAUGAUGGACAGUCAAUUCGCCUUCAAUUAUGGGAUACCGCAGGCCAGGAGAGAUUCCGACAACUAGCGCCUGCCUACAUUAGAAGUGCUCGUGUGGCUCUUCUUGUCAUUGAUCUUUCAGAUGAAAACUGCGUGGAACAUUUGAUCCGAUGGAAGGGAAUAAUCGAUAAAAAUAAAAGUGAUUUCACUUCAACAAUUAUUGUUGGAAACAAGCACGAUCUUGUUAGUGAAAAACGAUCUCCCCGUCUAACUGCAAUAAUCCGUGAGACAAACGACGAAUAUAUUGAAACUUCGGCAAAAAUGAGAAAAAAUAUCAAAAAACUUUUUUCGUCGGUCGCUUGCCGCCCGUUUCCGGAGCACGAGACUAGUCAGAUUAUAUUAUUGAACGAGCCGCGACCAGUGGAAUCGGCGACAAAGAGGUGCUGUCAGAGAUGGUAGUUACGAGGAGGUGCUGCAUUCCGGAAUACUCUCAUUCUGAAAUAAAUAAAAAAUAAUUAAUUGUAAAAUUGCCACGCGUGGCCUAGAAAAAACUCGGCCAGCAGUUACCUUUUUCGCGCAGGCGAGCUCUAUAAUCGAUUGCUUUAAUGGUUCGACAUAAGCAUUGUCACAUCUCAAUAAAUUAUUGAUUAUCA